UUUACUGAAGCUUUCCUCUUUCCACCAAUGAGAGGCCUUGACGUUGCUCUGAGUGUCGCGGGCACAUUUUCGGUUUCUAGCAGAUCGCGUAGCUAAGUUUACGAGCUUUAAAUUAGCAAAAAGUCUUUACUUUCAGAAAACCGCGUCCAUGAAGUAUUGAUAACUUUAAUUUCGGGUAUUUUUGUAACCCGGAAAUAAUGCCGUUCUUUCUAUAUUCUAUUUGGAUUUACAAGAAAAAGUUACAAUAGCGGCUGUUGCUAAUCUUAGCUUAAAAACUGUUGUAUUUCGGAUGCGUUCUUGAACAGCGUUCCGUUUAAACGUUCCUACCAGAAACAGAUCCGGAAUAGAAGAUUUACAGCAGAAUCCUUAAGGGUUUAGAUGGCGGUGGCUCCUGCCUCAAUGGGAGAUGAGAUCAUAGUUCUGGAUGAAGACAACGAGGAGAGUCCUCAGCCCUCUAUCUCUGCUGCAACUCCCUCCUCUAAGCAUGGAUCCAGAAACGCCUUACCGCCCAAACGCCAGCAGCAGGUGGCCACGCACGCCACCAAGUCCCCUCUCGUCUCAGGGAAGAAGGAAGCUCAGGUUCUUCUAACAGAAAAUCAGAAACUGUUCUCUGAGUUUGUGAAGCAUUGCUCUUCUCACACCAAGGAGUGCCCGGAGGUCCUGGAGUACCUGCACCUGAAACACUCUAAGACGUCUCCAGAGUUUCUGUCCUCAGUGGAGUUCAGGAACUCUCUGAAAGGAUGUUUAACUCGCGCCCAGAACAACCGCUCCAAAACUUUUGUCUUCAUUAACGAACUGUGCACGGUGCUCAAGCAGCACAGGGAUAAUAGGAGACUGACUCUCUCUAAGGCGGCGUCCUCUACCUCAACAUCAGCUUUUGUACAUUCUACCUCCGAUCCGCUUAGCAGCGAGAAGAGGAGCGAAGAAGAGCAACCUUCUACUUCUGGGAUAAAGGAAGACAACAAAGAGCAGGAUCAAAAAGAGGAAAAAAGAGCCCAAAGGGCCUCAAGAAAACAGAUCGCGUACUUGGAGAAUCUCUUAAAGGUUUACAACGAUGAGAUCUUCCGUCUACAGCAGACUGAGCUGAGUCUGAAUGACUUGGAAGCUGAAGACUCCAUAUACAUCCAGGAGCACAAGCUCAAGCGAAAGUUGAUGAAGAUCUACGAAAAGCUGUGUGAACUAAAGGGCUGCAACACGUUAACAGGCCGAGCCAUCGAGGAGAGGAUCGAGUACAAAAGCACUCGAUACCCUGAGAUCAACAAGAGAAUUCAGCGCUACAUCAACAGUCCCGAGGUGCAGCAGAACCCUCCGGAUUAUCAAGACAUCCUCCAACAAGUUCUGCGUGCCAACCAGCGCCACAACCUGUGCUUGAGCAGAAGUCAUCUGAACCAGAUCGCUCAGGAGGCCUUCAGAGAGACGGGCAACCUCCUGCAGCGGCGACGACUUAACGACAUGUUUUACAACUUUGGCUCUCACCUCACAGACAGCUACAAACCCACUUCAGACCCGGCGCUGUCAGACCAGUCUCUGCAGCAGAAGCUGCGGUCCAACCGAGAGGUCGCCAUGUCCCGCCUGGAGGAAGUCAUCACUAAAUACGCCGUCAAGCAAGAAGACGUAGAGGAGCUGGAGAGGCUGAAACGACAGGGCAAAGAUACGGCAAACAAAGAAGUCAAGACAAAAGUAACAAACGGAGUGGCGGAGGAGGAGGAGGAAGAAGAGGACGACGAAGACGAUGAAUCCUCAGACCCUGACAUCAAAGACGAGAUUGAAGCCAGCACUCAGCAGGGGGGACCAGAUGAGGACGAUGAUGAUGAUGGAAACGAGGCGGAGAAUGCGAGUGAAGGCGACAACAAGGAGGAGCAGGCAGUCGAGCGCUCGCCCGACGUGUUUGAAGAUGAAGAGGAGCCCACCGCAAAUGGAAGUCCUGCCUCGGACGAAACAAAGUCUCAAAUCUCUCCGAUCUCUGACAUGUCGUCUCCUCAAAGCCCCGCCCACUUUGAGCCCACGCAGGAACACGGCGAACAAGCUUUGCUCAACGGGAACUCCGAUCCACCCCAGGAGCCCACAGACUCCUCCAAGCAGGUUUCUCCUGCGUUUGAGGCGACCCACCAAAGCACAGAGGAGCCCUCCCGGGUCUCUGGGGAGAAAUCCUCGACUGAGCAGCAAACCGCGGAAAAGUGUGACGCUCAGACGACCAACGGCAUAUCGGCACUCCCCAGUACCAGAACGACACGGAGCCAGAAGAGGAAGAGGGAGGAAACGAUGCUGGAAAACUCCAAAAAGACAAAACUCAUAAUAAGCCAUGACAGUGAGGCCGACAUUUCUCUGGAUAUGGGCGUCUGCAGUUCUCCACACCACGAAGUGUCGUUUAAGGCAGAAACUCCUUCCAAAAGGCCGGGCAGGAGCUCCCCGUCCACACCGCCCCCCAAGAAGAACAAGGUCAACGUGGCGACCCAGUGCGACCCCUGUGAGAUCAUCGUCCUCUCCGACUCGGACUGAUGCCAGCACUUCACCGGCGCUCCAUAGACAUUAUUUCCCGGAGAGUUUCCGUCUCUGGAGUUGAAGAAGAUGAUUUCUUCAUGGAGGCACUGACAUUUGCAGCUUUCAGACUGGUCACUUAAAGUCUCUGUGGGGUGUUGACUCUAGUAUAGACCCUCACACAGAUUAAACAGACUGGUCAGUGUGUGGCUGUCACGAGUCAGCUCGUCAAUGAUUUGUUAAUAUGCAGCUCUCAUGUUCUCUGAUGGAGCUCUGUUCUCUGAUUGUUGUGUACUAUAGGAUCAUUUUGUUUAUUUGCUGUUGUUGACUGUGAGUUGUUGGAUGGUUGGUGCUGCUGUCAGAACAGACAGCUGGAACAAGCACUCGAUGCUAGAAAUCUUAAGCAACUUUUAGAAUAGAAAAAAAAAACACAGGAAAAAAAAAGAAAAAUUCAGUUGAUAGAAAAUCAAUGAUCAAGCUUCCAAAGAUUAAUCUUAGGAAAUAAUUCACCUCAUUAUGAAGCAUUUUCUGACAUGUUUCUUUUGUUAAAUGUUUGGAUGACAUGUUUACCGUCGUGACACUGCCCUCUGCUGGCCGCUCUGCACAGCCAGGUUUAUUCAUUCGAACUGAACCAAAAAAAAAGCUUCAAUUUUUGGUUGUUUUUUGAGGGAUUUCUUCUAACACAUUCCUACAUAAAAACACCUGCAGAUAAUUCUGUCUUUGAUUAUUAAAGGAAGACUAACAACAAAAGCAUUAUUUUCAAAGAAGCUUCAGAAUGAAAAAAAUAUUUUUUUUUACGACGAAUACAGGGAUGACCCAUCAGUUUAUGCCCCAAAACAUGCUAAUCACAAGGCAGAAUAGUCACUUAGUCAAUACUGGAGCAAAUGGCAUCAAUAAAGCUACAAUCCCUUCAAAUAUUUGAUAAAUUGUAGAUGUUUUUUCUCUGUAGAGACAUUUCAAGAUGAUGGACUUCCUGUCCUAUCCCUUAUUUUCAUGGAUUUUAUACGAUGAGUGAAAUUAUAUUUUUUUGGGCGGGGGGGGUAAAACUCUUCUCAGAGUUUUUUUUGAAUAUGUUGAUCUGAACAUUUUGCUUUUUUUUGUUCUAGUUUCAUCUUUCACUGAAUUAAAUAUUUUGGUUUUGAAAUAAAAAACGUUUUGAUAUAGGAGCUCCGGUCCUUUUCUUAUUCAAAUGUUUGAUGGUUUUAGGGGGAUUGGAUUUAUUGUUGAGUCCUGUACUUUCAAGCUUCAUUUUCUCUGUUAAAUCCUGACACAAAUAUCAGAUUCAUUUAAGAAAAAUGUUAUUUUCUAUCACUAGAUAAAUCUGUUUUCAAUUA